AUGAAACAUUUUUUACUUAGUUUAGCUUUAGUAACAGGAUUAGCCUCUUACGCUUUAAAAAACUUUUCUGAUUAUGAACUCUAUUUUCCAAUAGCAAUCUUUUAGAUUUCAUAUGCAUUUAACAUCUACUACAAUUAUGCAAUUAGAGUAGAAAAUUAAAAUAUGAAUUAAGGGGUUUUUAUAUUGAUCUGCAUGCUCAAGAGAUAUAAUAAAUUUGUCUUCUUUAGUUUACUCUACUUUUAGACAUUUAUCAGAGAUGUAAAUAUAUUUUUCUCUAUCUUCAACUAUAUGAGUAUUGUUGGAAUAGUCUUCAUUUCAGUUCCUCUCAACACUUGGAAGUAUUUGUAUCAAAAAGUAUAUCUAUUCAGAUUCUUUUUGAUUGUCGCUGAUACUGAAUUUAUAGCUGGCGAUAUUUAAUUUAUGUGGACUUAGACUAUUUAAAACCCACAAAAGUUAGUUCUAUUCAGCAAACCUGAAUACGAAUUUAUUUUCAUUAGUCACUUUAUGGGAAUCAUGACUUAUUUACAAGACUGCCUGAUAUAAUUUAUCCGCAGAGAUAAAUUUAUGACUGCUUACUCUGGUAUUAAAUCAUUUUUCUAGUGGGGAAUUGGUGGUUUAUUAGGAUAUCUUGGAUUUAUUUACUUCAAUCAAUUAUAGACAUAAUUUGGCUAAUAAGUGAUUCUCAAUAGUUAAGACGCUUUUCUAUUCACAAGAAAGGUCUUUUUCUUAUAUUAUCUAUAUCUUGGAGCUUAUAAUGUGAGAGCUAGUUAAAGUGUUAAAGUUAACUAAUAACCUCUAACAAAAAGUGAUAAAAAAUAACAAUGA